AUGUGUUUUCCUAAUGGAGAUGGAUUGGUUCACAACCUUCACCUAAACUCUAAAUGUCAUACACUUAUUGAGCUUGCACAGAGGUCAGAUGAAGCAUUUAAAUUUAUUUCUGAUGGUCUUGAUGCUCUUGCUACAUCUGCAAAAAAAAUUCCAACAUUUGGGGAGAGUACAACUCUUGGGGAUAAUGACAUUAAUUCUCAACUCGAAGAGUCUUCUACAAUGAACUUGAAGGACCCCAACAUUUCCCAAACAAAAGGCCGAAAAAGGAUUCGUAGCGGGAUUGAAGAAGCAUCAAAGCAAACCAAUAUUUGCGGACAUUGCAAGAAACGAGGACAUAAUAAGCGCACCUGCAAAGAAUAA